AUGGAUAGUGAUACCCUCAAUCUCCAGGAGGUAGACACUCUUGAGGCAAUCGUCAUCAUCGACAAUGAACUAGACCCCCUCUCACCUCCCGCGCCCAACACGGUCCAGGUUGCGGGAAACCUGGGCAACAUCGCCAUGACCUCGCCAGAUAACAACAUUACCGGCCGUGGCGGUGCCUGCAAAGAGUUGCGGAUGGAAGAUAUCUGCUGCUCGGCGCAUGGCCUGUCAAUCAUGGUGACAGCAACCAAAGGAGACAAAAAGCACACCAUGCUGUUCGAUGCCGGCCCAGAGGAGGAUAUCUGGGAAAGGAAUGUGAAACGUCUCCGGCCGGAUCUUUCGUCCGUGGAGGUCAUCCAGCUAUCCCACUGGCACCGCGACCACUCGGGCGGUCUUCCUCGCGCCAUUCGCUUGAUCAAAGAGGCCAAACGGGCCCACAGCCGUUCCGAUGACCUGGUCGUGGACUUGCAUCCAGAUCGACCUGUUUACCGAGGGAUCGCUCUGCCCGAGCAUAUCAUAUCCCUCCAGGCAGAUCCAAGCUUUGAGGAGCUAGCCAAUGCUGGUGCAGUCGUGAACAAGAAUGGCGACGCCCACACCGUUCUGGACGAUAUGUUUCUCAUUUCGGGAGAGAUUCCACGAGUCACUCCCUAUGAAACCGGCCUCAAGAACGCCGUGCGUUUUGAUCCGGAGGAAAAUGAUUGGUACUCAGAUGAGAUCAUUGCCGAUGAGCGCUUUCUAGCUUGCAACCUAAAAGUCACUCACUCAUUCACAGGCAAGGGUCUCGUCGUGUUCACAGGCUGCGGGCACGCCGGGGUCAUCAACACCGCAAAAAAUGCCCUCGAACUCGCCGGCAAAACCACACCUCUGCAUGCCGUGGUCGGCGGCUUCCACCUCGCCAUGAGCGAACCUUCACAGGUUGACAGCACGGUUGCCGAUCUAAAACGUCUCGAUCCAGCAGUGCUCAUGCCCGGCCACUGUUCUGGCUGGCGAACCAAGUUCGCUAUUGAGAAUAAGAUGCCUGGCACACUAGUCCCAUGUACUGUUGGCAUCAAGAUUGCCUUCUAA